AUGUCCACGGUUUUUGACUUUGUCGGGGUCACGAAUCUGCACGAGCCGAAGCCAUGGUCGAAUGAGAAGUCGACGUUGAUUGGCCUGCCUGUCGCGUGCUUGGUGACUGCAUGGGUAUGCGUGCUGAGCCGACUCUACACGCGCUUCUUCGUUAUUCGCUCGCCAUGGUGGGACGACCUGUGCAUUUUCCUUCAUACUCUUCUCUCGACUGCCGCCACUAUAGCUGUGAUUCGAGCGACGGGUACUGGCCUAGGACAGCACUUCCUGCUUCUCAAGCCUGACGAAAUGAAAGGCUUCCUCAUGAACUUCUACAUAAUCUCAGGUGCCUACACGACCUCCACGGCACUGGUCAAGCUGGCCCUGCUGCUACAAUACCUGCGCAUGUUCGACCGCGGAACGCCGAUAUAUCGCUUCACCAUCUGCGUCACCGUCUUCACCGCGCUGUGGGGGCUCGCAUACUCUCUCAUGUCGUGGAUCCCCUGCACGACGCCCAGCAAGUACUGGUCCCUCCAGCUCGACGACACCUGCUACGGCUUCUCGUCCAUGCACGUCCCGGAGCUGGUCGCGACGUACGAGUCCCACACUGGCAUCAACAUGUCGCUCGACUUCCUGCUACUGUUCAUCCCCCUGCGGCUCUUCUGGAAGUCCGGCACCACCCGGAUCCAGCGCCUGCGGCUGCUGGGCAUCUUCAGCCUGGGCGGCAUCUGCAUCAUCUUCGCGGCGUGGCGGCUCGCCGUCAUCAUCCAGACCGAGGUCGCCACCAAGCCCGUGUUCGACCCGACGUGGUACUCCGGGAUAGGGAUCCUGCUCGCGCUCAUGGAGGUCGACUGCGCCGCCGUGUGUGCCAGCGUGCCCAUCUUCUGGCCGCAGCUGUCCAAGCACAUUGGCAACAUCAUGGUGAUCCGCGAGGUGCGGGUCACGAGCGAAUCCAGGGACAACCCGCGGAACCCGCCGCAGCGGGUGGACGACGACGACGACGACGGCUCCGCCUUUGCGGCUGGGCUGAGUGGUGCGCGUGGGGAUGAGCGGGACGGCAGCGUGUAUCGCCUGCGCCAGGAGAGCAGCUCGACUGUGGAGAUGGAUGAGAUCGAGGUCAUGAUGAACAAGCGGAAGCAGCAUUACCAGGAUCAGUAUGUGAUGGACCGGGUUGACCCGCUGCGCUCCGUCGGCAGUAAGACUAUCACGACGGUGGAGCACAUCGGCAAAUGAUUUACAGAGAGACCAGUCAUGAAGUCAUGUGCAAAUCAGUCCUGAAGCGCCAGGCAUGGCCAGUUUGUAAUCAAUGAUGAUCUUUGCACGG